AUGCUUACCAAGGUAUUAAAUCAGAUGAAUCACGAUGCCAAUCUGGCAAAAUCAGCGCUAGAAAUUGCACAGCAACCGCCCGAGACGUGGUAUAAAGACCAAUUUGGCCGGAGAGCAACAUUUGAGCUACAAGUGAAUCGAACAGAGCUUUUCUGUCCUCAGUGUGUUGAUCAAAGGAUAUUAAGAGUGCGUCUAUUGUAUGAGAGUGGUAAAGUGGUGGAAAAGCAAGAGAUUUUGCACGUCAUGGCAGGACAAUGUCUUGAUAAUAACAGAAAGAGUACACUGGCUGUACGUAUUACACAAGUGUCGAAAAACCACCUGAAUCAGCGUUUUCGAGUGGAAAUUGCAGUUCCAGUGUGUCCAGGAGAAUGCAACUAUAAUCCAUCGGUUGUGUCAAGGCCGGUGCUCGUCCUGUCGAAGAAAAAGAAGAAGCGGAGUGUGAAGGAGAAUACCGAGACGGAAUCUCCAUUCAGGUUGAAAAAGGUCAAACAUUCCUUCGAGCCAGAAACGCCGAGUCGGAAAUUGUCGCGUGACGCUACAGUGCCAUCAUCUCCUGCUACUGCUACAAUUGCUGGAAAUGUGACUGCAGUAAUUGCAGAGAUGGAGAAAACGAUUCCACCUCGAGCGUCAGAAACUAUAGCUCCGUUUACACCAGAAACGCCGGAUAUCUGUUUGUGGGCAAAUGCAGCGUUUGAUUUGCUGUACAACCUGCAGUGGCAACGUGUACAUGCAAACAUAAUUGACAAAUCGAAAGCAAAAUUAGACGAGAUACUGUCUCACGCAUUUUCUAACGUGUACAAAUGUCCAUCUUGUCAAGAGACGUACGGACAGAUACCAACACAUCGAGACGACUGUGAUUUGAAGCUGCUGCUAGAGCAAGGGGAACCGACUGAAGCGCCGGCAAGUCGAAGAGCAUCGCAUGACACAACUUAUCAAUCGCUCCAAUGGUCUACGGACAAGAAUUUUGAACGGCCAGACCAACCCAUAGUUGUGAGCAGUGGUGGCGAAUUCGCAUUAAAGUCUCCGUAUAGUUUCGCUGAAAGUCUUCUUCAGAUGUCUAGCCCUGGGAUCAAGCAAGAGCCAACAAAUGGUUUCGAUUCCACUGCUGUGGCAACGAAUCUAAACAUUGGUUCGUGGAAAGACUACGCCUCGCUUUCUAAGCUACUUUACAGGCAAGUUUGGAUGAAUCCUGUCACCGUCUACUUGGAAUCAAAAUCCCCGCAACAAGCAGGUACAGCUUCCAGGCUUGCGAGACAUUGGAGUGGAGUGUUGCCGCCUGUAGGAAUACUUCCACCUGGUUGUUCGUCUCUCCACAGCUCGACAAAUGGGAGCGAGAUUCAGCAAGCCAAAAUUCAACAACAAAGGGUUGAAUCCCAAUGGUUCUCAGCAUUACUGUCAGCUACGAAGGAUAUGUCUCGUGAUGCAGCAGAUCUUUUUUUAGAAAGUGAAGCAUCGUUGCGUGGUGAUGGGAAUAUGAUACAAUCACUUGGCAGCAUGAAUUUGAGCGACAUUAUACGACAAAAUUCCGAGGAAAUCCACGACAUCGAUCCCCGAUUGACAUCGUUACUAAGUUCCUGGUCGGCAUUGGUGUCAGGAGAUCAGUCGGGGUUGGAUACGAGCUCCGAAACAUGUGUUCAAAUCAUCGUAGCCUCUGAUUUCCUAGAUUGUGGUUUUCCAGCUCUAGAUGCAUCUUUCGAUUUGGUGGGCUUCUAUCAACUUGUUACUGAAACGAAGAAAAGUCCCGCUGAGCUUUGCUUUACGCCAAACAUGUUUCCAUUGCCAAUGGAAAUGCUACAAGAACUCAAACAAACUCUUACGAAAUGGAAGGAAGAAAAACACUCGAUUAUUCACAAAUUGGAGUUGGUUGACAACAAUUUUGAGGACUCGCUCGUGCGUCUAAAGAGUGCCGUACUAGGUCAAGUCACGCAUACCAAGCAGAAUAGAUAG